AUGGGAAUUUGCCUGGGUAUUUCUUUAAUUGUUAAACAAGAUUAUAACGCAUACGAUCAACUCGUUCGUUAUAAAUGGUGGUGGAAAGAGGGCUACAUGUCUUCUACUGGUCGCUGCUUUGAUAUCGGCUCUGCAACAAAUAAAUCGUUAACUGAAUUUAUCCGCAGACAAAACCUGUUCAUCGAAAAAUAUAAUAUACCGCCAGAAGAUAUUGAUACACUGAGUGACGAACAAAUACAACUGUUUAAUAAAGAAUGGCCAAUGAACUGUAGUGAACCAGAUGCGGCUGGUAAUGGUGCACUAAUGCGUUUGGCACCACUUCCGUUAUUUUUCUGUCGAUCGCCACAAGAUGCAAUAUACAAUGCUGGAAAAAGUGCAUUAUUGACACACGGAGAUGUGCGUUCAGCAGAUGCGUGCCGCUAUUACGCUGCAUUGAUAGUGUCGGCUGCUUUAAACGCUACGAAAAAAGACCUAUUAGAAGAUGAUUUCUAUCAAAAAUGUUGUAAAAAAGGGUGGUUUAGAGAUAAACCAUUGCAUAAAGAAAUCGAAGAAAUAGCACAAGGUUCUUAUAAAAAGCAAGGUGGUUAUGACGAUGGUAUUCGCGGCAAAGGAUAUGUUGUUAAAGCGUUAGAAGCAGCAUUAUGGGCAUUUUGGAGUGAUGAGAAUUCGUUUGAAAUAGGCGCUUUACAUGCCGUUAAUCUGGGGGACGAUACGGACACUACUGCCGCCAUAUAUGGACAAUUAGCGGGCGUUGUAUAUGGUAUCGAUAAAAUUCCAGAAAAAUGGAUAAAAAAGUUGUACGCAAAAGAUUUUUUGAACUGUCUUGCUGAAUGGUUGAAUUACGCAGGAAGCGAAUGGUAUGAACCUAAAAUACAGAAUUCAAAAUUAUGA